AUUAGGUUGGUUCCUUUCCCCUGUAUUCAACUUGCCCAGUGAUCGAAAACGUGUGAGGGGAAACAAAAGCAAUCUGUUUUUCUAGUGUUUAUUUGUUAAAAUGGCCUCUCAUAUGAAAAGAAGGUAUCAUCAUGUUAAAUUUGAUGAUGACGAUUUUGAAACACCGGCAUUUGACUUUUUAAACGACAAAGAGAGCAACAAAUCUGGCGAAAUGAAACAUUCUGACGACGACAUUCAAUUGGAAGAUUCAGGGCAUGAGAGUUCUGAUGCUGGAUUAUCUGAUGAAGAUGAUGCCCCAGAGGAUGUCAGUUUUAAAACAGGGAAGCAGACAGCAUUACAACAAAUGAGGGAUGCCAUCAAGAACAUCAAUGCUGAGAAAAUUAAAACUAAAGAAAAGAGAAGGAAGAUAGAUGAACAGUUUAAAGAACAAAAGAAAAGAAAGAUGGAAGAACUAAAGAAUGCAAGACUACCGGAGGAUUUCUUGGAAGGAAUAGCAGAAAAAUUGCCAAGUAGAAAAAACACCACUACUGAGAAAACCAAUUCUAAAUCUGAUAUUAUAGAGAGAGCCAGUUUACAGGAAGAUGAAGAUGAAGGAAGUUUUGCUGAUACAGAAGAUGAUUUUGACCACAACCCAGAUUUCAUACCUUUUGAAUCAAGCAGGUCUGACGGAGUUGAGGUACAGCACAUCAAAGAAUAUCAGAAGAAGACGACAUCACUUGCCCUCACAGCUGCUGAGUUUAAAUACAGACAAUUAUAUGGCAGUAGAAUACAUAGAGAAUCUAGCAAAUCAAAAAUGGCAAAAAGGGAGAAAAAGAAAGCAAAUAGAUGAAGAUGAAACGGAUACAUAUAAACCUAAAGAAAGAUGAAGAAAGAUGAAGCUUUACAGCUCCAAGACUGAUGGAAGUGGAGUUUGACAUUGACACAAUUUCAAAUUUUCUCUCAUUUGCAUAAAUGCAAUUAUGUUUCUUAAGUUAAUGUCAAAAUAUAUAUAAAAUGAUAAAAUUUGAAACCAUUCAUUUGUAAAUAUUUGUAGUAUAAUUGUGAAUAAAUAAUGUUAUAAUAUCA